AGCUAUACCAUGGUGUAGAUUAUACUGUAGUAUUUAUACCCAGGUAUUGUAGUCUUGCUUACGGGGUGUUUCGAUAUGAUGUUUCUGCUCAGACUGAGGCUGCCGCUGGCUCGGCUUCAGACCCGUCUGUGUCACCAGAGUGUUUACAGCAGCCAUGCAAACCCUCGCAGAGUUGGAGUGGACAUUGGAGAGAAGAAACUUGAGAUCUCUUCUGGGAAGUUUGCCAGAUUUGCUGAUGGAUCCGCUGUAGUUCAGCUGGGGGAGACGUCUGUGAUGGUGACUGCUGUGAGCAAAACCAAACCCUCUCCGUCUCAGUUCAUGCCUCUUGUGGUGGACUACAGACAGAAAGCAGCAGCUGCUGGUCGAAUCCCCACCAACUAUUUGAGGCGAGAGUUGGGCACCACUGAUAAUGAGAUUCUCACUAGUAGACUCAUAGACAGGUCGAUUAGACCUCUUUUCCCUGCCGGUUACUUUUAUGACACCCAGAUCCUUUGUAACUUGCUAGCUGUUGAUGGUGUCAAUGAUCCAGAUGUGCUGGCUAUCAAUGCAGCUUCUGCUGCUCUGGCGCUGUCUGACAUCCCCUGGAAUGGACCUGUUGGUGCUGUUCGUGUGGGCAUGGUAGAUGGACAGUUGCUGAUCAACCCCACUCGGGCAGAGAUGACUUCCAGCAGUCUCAAUUUGAUUGUGGUGGGAGCCCCUAGCAGUCAAGUGGUGAUGAUCGAGGCGUCGGCUGAGAACGUGCUGCAGCAGGACUUCUGCCAUGCGGUGAAGGUGGGAGUCAAACACACCCAGCAGAUCAUACUGGCCAUCCAGCAGCUGAUGCGGGAGCAGAAAGUUACUAAGCGCACCCCGGUCAAAGUCUUCUCAGCCCCCGCUGACAUGGUGGAAUAUGUUCGCAGAUCAGCUUCAGACAGGAUCUAUGCCGUUUUCACAGAUUACACUCAUGAUAAGAUUUCUAGAGAUGAAGCCAUCAACAAAGUUCGACUAGAAACUGAAGAGGACGUAAAAGAAAAAUUUCCUCAAGCUGAGCCUUUUGAAGUCAUUGAGUCCUUCAACACUGUGAGCAAAGAAAUCUUCCGCAAUUUGGUGCUUAAUGAGUACAGAAGGUGUGAUGGGAGGGAGUUGACUGCGUUAAGGGACAUUUCUUGCAGCGUAGACCUCUUUAAACCGCUCCAUGGCUCAGCUCUGUUUCAGAGAGGACAAACACAGGUGCUGUGCAGUGUCACAUUUGAUUCACUGGAAUCCAGUAUCAAAGCAGAUAUCAUCACCACAGCUUUGAGUGGCAUCAAAGACAAAAACUUCAUGCUUCAUUAUGAAUUCCCUCCAUAUGCAACAAAUGAGGUUGGAAAGGUGGGAGGUAUAAACAGGAGAGAGCUCGGACAUGGCGCCCUGGCCGAGAAGGCUCUGAGACCAAUCAUUCCCAAAGACUUCCCUUUCACUAUCAGGGUCACUUCUGAGGUGUUGGAGUCAAAUGGAUCCUCAUCAAUGGCCUCAGCUUGUGGAGGCAGCCUUGCUCUCAUGGAUGCAGGUGUGCCCAUAUCUUCUGCUGUGGCAGGUGUCGCUGUUGGCCUCAUCUCUAAACCCAACCCAGAGAAACCUGCUGAGAUCCAGGAUUACAGAUUACUUACUGAUAUUCUGGGAAUUGAGGAUUACCUCGGAGACAUGGACUUCAAAUUGGCAGGAACAAACAAAGGCAUCACUGCUUUACAGGCUGACGUUAAGAUUCCAGGUUUGCCUCUGAAGUUGGUCAUGGAGGCUAUCCAGCAGGCCACAGUGGCAAAGAGGGAAAUCUUGGGCAUCAUGAACAAAUGUAUAGCAAAACCAAGAGAGACCAGGAAGGAAAAUGGACCUGUUGUUGAGAAUGUGCGGGUACCUGCCUCUAGACGAGCCCGCUUUGUCGGUCCAGGAGGCUAUAACCUUCGCCGGCUACAAGCUCAAACAGGUGUGACAAUAAGUCAGGUGGACGAGGAGACUUUCUCUGUGUUUGCUCCAACGCCAGGAGCCAUGAACGAAGCCCAAGAGUUCAUCAGUGAGAUCUGCAAAGACGACCAAGAAAUGCAGCUGGAGUUCGGUGCUAUCUAUACUGCAACCAUCACUGAAAUAAGGGACAUCGGGGUCAUGGUGAAACUCUAUCCCAAUAUGAGUGCUGUCCUGCUGCACAACUCACAGCUGGACCACAAACGGAUCAAACAUCCAAGUGCUUUGGGUUUAGACGUGGGACAGCAGAUACAGGUCAAAUUCUUUGGACGGGACCCAACAGACGGCAGAAUGAGACUUUCGCGGAAGGUGCUCCAGUCCCCUGCUGCAUCUGUCGUCAAGACUCUAAGCGAGAAACAGAGCAUCUCCAUGCAAUCAAGCAACCACACAACCAACACAGAUUUGUGACAUGACAACACAACAGGCCAACUUUUCUGGUUUUGUUACAAAACAGUCCUGCAGAGAAGAUCUCAUCAUAAACUGAAGCAGUGUCAUGCAGCUUUACCUUGUUGCUGUGGGUAUAUGGACAUGACUGAACUGCACUGGAGUGACCUGCAGCUUAGCUAAGUGUCCUGCUGACAUUGUGCUACAAUGAAUUUGGAGAAUCUGAGAAGAACACUUGGAUAAUAAUGGGAAGGAGACAUGUUUUAUAUAUAUAUAUAUAUAUAUAUAUAUAUAUUGUUCCAUUUUUAUGUUGUUUUGUUCUCUGAUUUUCCACCUCAGCUAGCCUUGACAGCAUCAAGCAGUAAGAAGAUGACAUUUCUUUCAGUUUCCCCCGACAGUCAUUGAACAGGCACAACACAGUCUAACAAUAGUUUUAUAAUUUACAUGUGUGACUAAUACUGCUACUUGUGGUAUACCACUUCCAUUUUUGGUGUCCACUGUGGUGGUGUGCCUUUUUGAGCUGCCAGGAUCAGGUCAUAGACAAAAAAAGUAGUAUAAGUGUACAGUUAUUAUUUUUUAUUAUUCCCUGUAUACUGUUUUUGUUGCCUUUAUAGAAUAUGUGAGUCAUCUGUAAAUAAAACAGUGCCGGGUUGCUUUGUAGCAUGAAAAUUCACUUCUGUUUCUAGAAAAAUCUAAACCACAAAGAACUAAACUUUAAUCAUUCUGAUGGGUAACAUUGUAAGAGAGGGACAACAAAGAGUUAAAUCUGAGUACCACAAUGUAGACAUUUUUGAGAGAAGGGUCCAAACAGCCAGUUGUAGUAAAAGUCUAAUUUUAGACUAUAAAUCACAGGGUACAAGAUAGAAUAAAGUAAAAACGGAUGGUAAGGAUCUAAUAAAAGAUAGAUAGUUAAGUACAGAAUUACCCACCCUGAGGCUUGCCUACUUGUCCCACCAAUGGAAGUAGAAAGACAGUUUGACAUGUAUAAGUUUUAGCCCCUCUCGAAUAAACAGAUGGUAAAAAGACUAUAUGUUUGUAGCACCUGGGAGAUGUACAGUACUAUAAUAGUCCUUUACUGAUGUCACAAGUUGCUGUGUCAUCAUCUGAUGCUACCUGGGUCUGGGGCCCCCUUGAUGAUGUAUGUGAUAGAACAUUUUUAACCAUAACCUUGUUCAACUACAGUGGCAGAAAUAUGCACCUAAGUAAAACCCUACAGGAGGGUGAAAAUUGAGAGAAUUGCAGUAAGUUAAGUGUUGUGAACUGGAAGUUUUUUUACUGGGUAAUGCGACAAAAAAACGGAGGACGUUAUAAGCUUUAUCGUCUACCACCCUGGUUACUUUGGGCGGGGAAAGUUUCUUCCCCAAGCUCCUUCAUCAGCAUCUACUGCAGGAUUUGCAGGAAAUUGUGGAUGUGAUGUUUUAUAUCUGUACUAAUGAACAUGGACGGUGCUCAAAUAAUUUGUGUAUAUUUGAUUUGCUGGUAAGUGCCUGAAAAAGCUAUCUGGUUUUAGAAAUUAAUUAAUUAAUUGAUUAAUUUAAAAAUGUCAAAAGCAAUGUUAUAUUGUUAACCAUUAAGGUCCACUGGUUGUUAAAAUUGUGUAAUAGUUUACGGUAUUAUUAGCAUAGUGGAGUGGUGGAAUGUACUUUUACUCAAGUACUGUACUUAAAGACAGUUUUAAGGUACUUGUAAUUCAGUUGAGUAUUUUCACUUUAUGCUACUUGAUAUUUUGAUUCCACUAUUUCAGAGGGAAAUAUUGUAAUUUUUACUCCACUAUAUUUAUUUAACUGCUUUAGUUACUAGUGAUUUUUAAGAUUUCAAUUUAACAUAAAUGCCAUAGUGAUGAUCUUAUAAAUUAUAUUAUUAGACUAUAAAUUACACCUAUUCAAAAUUAAACCAGUGGUUCCCAAACUGUGUUUGCUUACCAAAAAAAAAAAAAUCAGUGUGAUUUUGUGUCACUUUCAUGUUUCAGAUGUCUGAGUUGUUUGCAGUUCAACCAAAGAGACAUUUCCCCUCAUGUGGUUCAAAUAAAUAAAAAAUCUGAUGUUGAAUA